AUGAUCUCCAAAUUAAUUUUAUCAGCUUUAGCUCUCUCAGCCGUUGCAACUGCAGCAGACGCGCCAGUUUCCACCGACUCACCAACCAAUGUCGAAUACGUUGCUCAAUUCGAUCAACUAAAUACCAACAUUACCGGUGAAGUUACUUUCCAAUCAAAUAACGGAACAGUGAUGGUUAAAGUUGAUUUCGAAGAAUUACCAAAAACUGGUGGGCCAUUCCCUUACCAUAUCCAUCAAUUCCCGGUCCCCUCAGAUGGAAACUGUACUGGUACAGGUGGCCAUUUAAACCCAUACAAUGGUACCCUUAAUGCCACUACUUCUGCUGCCAAACAAGUUGGUGAUUUAGCUGGUAAGCAUGGAAAUCUCACUUCAAGUCCAUUUAUGGCUGAAUAUUUUGAUGAUUACCUUUCAUUAAAUCCAAAGAAUCCAGCUUAUAUUGGUGGGUUAUCCGUUGUUAUUCAUGAUCGUAACGACAACAGAUUGGCCUGUGCUAACAUUACUACUGUUAAAAACUUUCAACAAAAUACAUCAUCAUCGUCUACUAUGCCAAGUGCUGCUAACUUAGUUUCUACCAGUGGCUUGGUAUUGGGUGCUGCUGCUGGUGUUGCAGCCUUGUUGAUUUAA